AUGGCCUCAAGACACGGCCUGCGGACAUGCGCCGCCUCCCUGCGCGCCGCAACCGCGCGACAGCAACUCACCCGCCAAAUCAGCACCACGGCCACGUGCCGCCACAGCGCCGAGCAGCAACAGCAGCAGUCGCAGCAAAGCCGCACCACCCAUUUCGGCUUUGAGACGGUCAAUGAGGAGGAAAAGGCCGGCCGUGUGGCUGGUGUCUUCACCAGUGUCGCCGAGUCCUACGACAAGAUGAAUGACCUCAUGUCCUUUGGCGUACACCGUCUGUGGAAGUAUGGCCCUUCUCCCCUCCUCCUCGAGAUAGUCCAUUCACUAACCAAACUUCCUUCUACCAGGGACUACUUUGUCUCCUCGCUGAAUCCCGGCGCGACGACACCCGUCGGCCGCCCGCAAAAGGUCCUCGACGUCGCUGGCGGCACCGGCGACAUUGCUUUCCGCAUGGUCGAGCACGCCCACGCCCAAAACGCCAACCCCAACAUCCACAUCACCGUCUCCGACAUCAAUCCCGCAAUGCUCGACGUCGGCCGCCAGCGCUCCAUGCGCCUCCCGGCCUCCCACCAGGCCGCGCUGUCCUUCCUCGAGGCCAACGCCGAGCGCCUCCCCCAGGACGCCGUCCCCGACGCCUCCCUCGACCUCUACACCGUCGCCUUCGGCAUCCGCAACUUUACCGACAUCCCCGCCGCCCUGCGCGAGGCCCACCGCGUCCUCAAGCCCGGCGGCGUCUUCGCCUGCAUGGAGUUCAGCAAGGUCGGCAACCCGCUGCUCAACGCCGCCUACAAGCGCUGGUCCUUUGGCGCCAUCCCGCUCAUCGGCCAGCUCGUCGCCGCCGACCGCGACAGCUACCAGUACCUCGUGGAGAGCAUCGAGCGCUUCCCCAGCCAGGACGAGUUCCGCGACCUCAUCAAGGACGCCGGCUUCGAGGUGGCCGGUUGCGGCUACGAGAACCUGACGGGUGGUGUCGCGGCCAUUCACAAGGGCAUCAAGCCCCUGAAAUAG